GACACAUUGACUGCAGACUCCCGACCCAGCCCCACAGCAGCCGCAGCAUGAGUGGCCCCCCGCCCAGCGUGCCCGAGCCCAGCCCAGCAGAAGGGGCUGGAGGCCGAGCUGGAAAGGCUGCGGUGGGCGCCAGGGAGAAGGGCCCUCGGCUGGGCCCGCGGCUGCCCUCCAUCGUGGUGGAGCCCACCGAGGCGGGUGCUGUGGAGAGUGGGGAGCUGCGGUGGCCCCCGGAGGGCGUGCAGAGGGCUUCCCCACAGAGCCAGGCUGCUGCCGCCCCCGCGCCCAGCCUGCCAGGAGCACCCAGGGACGUAUCAGGCCAGCCCGGCAGCGAGUGUGCCAGCUCCGAGGCCCAGGCCCCGCGGCCCAGGGAUAGGACAAGACCAGGGCCAGAUUCUGCUGUCCCUGCCAACGCCGCCACUGCUCCCUGACCGCUGGGAGGGCCCCACUGCUCCCUGACCGCUGGGAGGGCCCCAGCCCCCGGGAAUAAAGCUGGGCUGAGCCUCCACUCACCUCCUCUGGCCAGGCGCACCCCCCUCUCCCGCCCAGGCUCAGGGGCGGGAUCACCCCCUCCUUGCUCUGUGGUUUGAAGCAGAAAUAAAGGCAUUUC